CCCCGAGCAGCUCUCUUCUCCCCGAGCCUCUAUCUCUCUCUCUCCUUCUCCGUUUACAUUACUCGUACCGUGUCCAGAUGUAGCCGGUAACCGGAGCGCACAGCGGGAGACUGUGUUAUCGCGUUUGCGCCAUGGAGGACUGCUGCUCUCCGGAAAGCGAGAGGAUGGAAGCGUGGCUGGACGACCACUUGGAGUUCACGCGCUCCUACUUUAUCAGGAAGGCGUCCAGGGAAGUGGUAAAUGCCUGGUUCGCUGAGCGUGUCCACUCCAUCCAACCGUCUGCCUCCAAAGAAAAUCCUCCACAGCACCGGGCCCACCAGUGCUCCUCAGACUUUGGUCCCCCCUCUGCCUCCACCAUCUGCCCACCUACCCUCAGCCUCCUGGAAAACCGCUGCCCAUCCCCGGCCACAGUCCCCAGCCCAGCCCCCGGUACCCCAACUCGCAAAAUCUCUGCUUCAGAGUUCGACCGCCCACUCCGACCCAUCGUGGUGAAAGAUUCGGAGGGCUCUUUGACAUUUCUGAGCGACGCUGACCGUGAAACUGUCCCCCUGAGAGGCUCAGUGAUGGGUGAGGGUGGUGUUGGUGGGGUAGGUACUGGAGGUGGAUGUGGCGGGGCAGGUAGUGAUGGCAGGGGUGACCGCUGUGCCAGGCUGCUGGAACUGGUGAAGGACGUGUCAAGUCAUCUGGAUGUGACAGCACUCUGCCACAAGAUCUUUCUCCACAUCAACGAGCUGAUGGCUGCGGACCGCUACUCACUCUUCCUGGUGGGUGAGGACAGCUCCAACAGGAAGUUCUUGGUGAGCCGUCUGUUUGACGUGGCCGAGGGAUCCACACUGGAGGAGUCCUGCAGUAGUUGUAUCCGUCUGGAAUGGAACAAGGGCAUUGUGGGACAUGUAGCUGCCACGGGGCAGCCGCUAAAUAUCAAGAAUGCUUAUGAGGACCCCAGGUUCAAUGCUGAGGUGGACCUGAUCACAGGGUACAAAACCCAGAGUAUCCUUUGCCUUCCCAUCAAGAACCACAGAGAUGAGGUAGUUGGAGUGGCGCAGGCAAUCAAUAAAAAUGGGGAGGACGGUGCGUUCACUGAACAGGAUGAAAAGGACUUCUCAGCCUAUCUGGCCUUUUCAGGCAUCGUCCUGCACAACGCUCAGCUCUACGAGACAUCACAGCUGGAAAACAGACGCAAUCAGGUGUUACUGGAUCUGGCCAGUCUGAUCUUUGAGGAGCAGCAGUGUCUGGAGGUGUUACUGAGGAAGAUUGCAGGAACCAUUCUGUCCUUUAUGCAGGCCCAGGCUUGUACUGUUUUCAUUGCUGACGAAGACUCCAUGGUUUUGGGACCUCCAUACAAACAACCUUCACAGAGUGAUCUGGCCAAGUAUGGACCCUGUUGA